AAAACAAGGAUCCCAACAUACUAUAUGGUAACCAUGACACUACAGAUUGCACAUGGCUUGAGUGCUUGCUUCAAGAAUAAAUAAAACGAAGGGCAGAAGGACCUACAAUAUUCCUGACUUUGAAGUGCAUGGCUCACAUUGGAAGAUGUUCUCAACAUGGAAGUUAGUCUGUUUCUCAUGCUGGAGCCCAAAGACGUUAUUGAGGUUGUGGAAGUCAUUCCUGUUGGCAUUUCUUCUAAGCUGUGAUGUUUCUUUAGGUGCAUUAGUGGCAAUCUCUGGGUCUUCCUCUCAUGCAGUGCUGUUUGAGCCAUUUACAUUUAGCUGUACAAUCUCACAGGCGGCUGGUCUGAAAGAUGACGUGAUCUUUUAUCAGGAUACAUUACUUGGUGCAGUGGCUGCUCUCAAACAGGAUGCUGGUCCAUGUUCCGUGUUUAUUCGUCCUCGACUAAAAGAUUACUCUGCAUCCUGUGGGAAUGGAACCGACAGCAACUCGUCCACCACCAAGGACUAUAUUUUAAAGAUCAACAAAGCUGCGGAACGUGAUGCAAGCUACUGGUUUUGUGGACUGAAUAUAGCUAAAACACUCAGUGAGAAAUUUAGGCUACAUGUUUACUAUCUAAGCGGCGUUAUCUUCAGAUCUCAUGUAAAUGUCAAAGAAGGACAAAGUCUGUCUGUAAACUGCACUGUUGACUGUAAUCCGCCAUGUGACUACGCCUGGACACUGGGUGAUAAUGAAAUCACAACAGAUCCUCUGUUAACACUUACAGCAAUCAACAGGAAUCAGGAUGGAAAUGUGUACAAAUGUACAGUGACCAACUCUGCCAUACCCAAAUCUAUAAGUGAGCAGUUCAUACUGAAGGUGCUUUCACCAGGCAGUGAAAAUAGAACAGUGCAUCCCGACGGUCCAAACUCUGUUACGUUCAGUCCCCGUUCACCUACAACUGCUGGAGAAGGGGAAAGUCUGACUGUCACCUGCAUUGCAGACUGUACACCAUCGUGCUCGUUUUCAUGGAUACGUGGAAAUCAGAAUCUGUCAUCAAGCUCGAAAUUAGAACUGACAAAUAUCGCUAUGAGCCAUGGAGGGGUGUACACAUGUACAGUUAAAAACACCGGUUCAUCAGACGUUAAAUCUAGUAACUUCACCUUAAUAGUAAGAGAUUGGGUGGAGCACAUGUGUCUAAUAUUAGGAAUUGUGAUUGGCGUUAUACUGGCUGCCGCUAUCGUUGCUGGCUGGAUAAUCUACAAGAGGAAAAAACAGAAAGCUGAAUAUGUGCAGACCGAAGCAAAUAACUAAAGAAAACCAAAAUGCAGCAGAUAAACCCGCAGUUUUGCGAAUACGGAAGACAAAAUGACCCCAACGUUAGAAAUGCACAGUUGUGUGUGUGUAGGUUUAGUUAGAACUUGCUGCUCGUGAUAUUUGUCUCCCAUACCACAUCAACUAUUUCAGAAUGUUCUAACUGUGUUGGAGGUGUAUUUAGCACAUUUACUGCUGGCAUUCUGAUCAAAUAUCAGCUUGCUGAUAGGAACAAGAUUCCAGGUUUGUAUGCAGUCCUUUUACAUUUGUCCAACCAUCAAACAGGAACUUUUUGCAUUCCUCACUACCAACAUUGUCACUGAAGACAAGGAAAUAACCAUUACACAUGGUGUCAUAGCUAAUCAUCAAGGAACCGAGCGUUCAAUGUUACCAUGUAACCACGAGAAAGCGGACACUAGGCUUUUAAAUCAUGCUUAGGAUGCUAUUUAGAACGGUUUUGUCAAGUCUUAUGUGCACUAUUAACACACAUAAGAUUGUCAUCCUAAUUAGUAAGUUCGAUCAUUAGAUUAUCUUGAAUCAAACUAAAUAUUUGGGUUGUCUUUGAUACAGACAAAUACUUCUCAUUUUAUGACGUCUUGGGUAAAGAUGCAUUCCUGUCUCUACCUCUAUGGGUGUGGCACUACCUCUGCUUUCCUUGAAAAAAAUGGAAUUACAGCUUGUGAUGCCUUAUGUAACCCUUAUCUUUAUCUACAUGGUGCUCAACCCCUGCACACUCAUAGAUAAAGCUGCUCCAUGUGUCCUAAAAGAAAGCAAGGAAGUCGAUGCACUGCCAGAAGGGAAAGACAAUAAAAAGCAUUCUACCCACCCAGGAUGCCUUAUUGCAUCACUCAACAUGAGAUGUAUACCAAGCUGGCAAUGGGUCACCAAUUAACAAGGUGAACACAAUGCAUCUACUCCAGAGAGGUGGGGAUGGACGUUUGUUAAAGACAGGCAGUCCUGUAUACUGUGCAUGUGGUGUCAAAUGCUACUCCGAUUUGGAUAUGUGUGAUUGCAAGAUUCUGAAAAGAUGUGACACUAGAUGUGCUUGCAAAAAGGGUCCACUGGAAAUGCACUGAAGUGAAAUGUUCCAUAGAAACUGCAUACGUGAGCAGUGGAAUAUGAAAUUAGCACUACAUAUUGCAAUUCUUAAUCAGGUUAUUGUAAGCCUUGACUACACUACCUUAUAUUCCAAGGAAUCUUUGCCUUGUCUAGAACAGAAUGACACCAAAGUAAAACGAAACAUGGUAAGACUCAUACUAAGUGUUGCAGAUUUUCCACUUGAUACAUUGUUUUCAUAUUUUGUCAAUUUUAUAAAUAUUCAUGUAGAUAUAUUUGAAUAGAACUUCCUCUAUAGGCAGGUGGGGCAUUUAUGGUAUCCCUCCACGGUCAGCAGUGGCUGCUGACACUGUUUGUAGUGUGUCAUGGCAUUUGUACGUAAAGGUUUCAUAAUAUGUACCAUGUAUUUGGUGUGCAUGCAACAUACGAUUGCUACAUGCCAUUAAGGUACAAAUCCUCCAUCCACAAAACAGUGCUCAUCCUGCACUCCCACACCACAAAUCUGCACCUGCAUUAAUCUCAUCUGUUAACAAAUACAUUUAGAAUUGAUGCAUCAUUAACAAUGGGUGAAAGCAUGCAUUUAUAUGCAGGUACUUGCAUGUCAUUAAGAAAUCCCUACACAUAUUAAUGUGUGUAUAUAUGCCAAGCUCCAUGCUUUUAGACUAAACUGGACAUUUUGUUUUAGCUGCCCCACUAAAUGGGUAGGGGACAUUUGUAGAUCCACCCUGGCCACUAGAGGGCGCUCGUAAGUUGGGACCAUAUCGCAAAAUGUUCGUCAUGGGUCAAGGUAUGUAUGUGUGAAGUUUAAUGGUUUUAACCAAGGAUGAACAAUGCCUGUUAGAUAUCCCAUUAAAAGAAGUGGGGGACAUUUGUAGAUCCUCCCUGCAUCCCAGGGGGCGCUCCUUACUUCUGGGAAUGUUUGUAGUGGGUCAUGUAUCUAUGGUCGAAAUUUCAUACUUCGAACCAAAAGUGCACAAUUCAGUCAAAUACUCCCUGUUAAUGGCCCCACUAAUAGCCGAUGAUUAAUAUAUCAAUUUGCACUAGCUAAACAAAACAAAACAAACUUUGUAUAUUUUGUAUAGAUAUUUUCAAAUGAUUUUCAAACUAUAUGUGAAUGGUUACAUGUCACUGUUUGACAUAUAAUCUAUAUGUGCACUAAAAUUGAAGAAUUUCAUUAAGUAUAUUAAUUGCUGUUUUAAUGUAUAUAGCUAGAUGUCUCAUGAUCACGUGGAGCUUAGACAGUUUAUGUGUUUUAUUGUUACACUUUGUUGGCUUAGUCCGGGAGUCAAGGGCUGAUUUUACUAAAAUAAUAUAUAUAUUUGUUGUUUUUUUAUUAGGUUUUCUUUUCAUAUCUAAUUCAGUGCACACAUUUAACACACGUGGCAUGUUGGUAUGGCCAGGAAUGACUUGGUAUCCAUAUAGUCUUGGUAUCUAUAUAGUGGUAUAACAUUAACAGACAUUGCCACACGAAAAAAUAAUGGGUUCGGUAUGAGCACAUUACAAGAAAUGAUGGAAAAUCUACAAUUUUUUUAAUAUUUGAGUGUAACCUUCGUAAAGAAAAAAAAAAAGAAGUUAAUAUCUGAAAUUGCUCAUGGGUUGCAAACACCCCGUCCUCCCACGCCCACUCACGAAGAGAUACUCCUAGACAGUAUAAAGCAGCAAAUAAUAGAUUGUUUACCGGCAAAUCCAGGUUACCCCAAAAUCAGCCUAUGGCUCCUGGACAAGUUACAGUAUUUUACCUUUCAUUGUUUCUUUAACUGGGUUUGUUUCUUUUGUGUAGAUAUUUUAAAAUAGUUUUUAAACUAUAUAUUAAUAGUAAUGUACCAGUAUUUGACAUAUAUUCCUCAUGCGCAUGGUCACUAAACUUGAGGAGUUUGAUUGCAUAUAUCAAAUGGAUGUGAUGUCUGCAGCUCAAUUGUUCAUGGCUACGUAUUCGUUAGACGUAUUUUAGAUAGAUUACGGAGUUGUUACUCUCUGUGGGCUUAGUCCGGGAGCCAAGGAUUCAUUUUAUUAUAUCUAUUUAUAUGUUGUCUUCAUAUCCAAUUACUAAAGGCACAAACUUAUCAAACUGCUUAUUUUGGUGUGACAAGAAAGUGGUUAAUAUUCACAAAUUUAUCAAAAUGUGUAUCUUGGUGUGAAAAGAAAGGGGUUAAUUUUCAUAAAAAUGGUAUCAAAAUGAAAUGUACUGUACCUACCUUAUGAAUAAUCUUAUGAGAAGCAACGUUAAUGCUUAUGUGUGAAUAAUUUAAAAAAAAGAGAUAAAUAACUGGCCUUUUAAAAUACGUUUGAGUAAAAACAGUGAUCAGGGUUUAUAUUUAGAAUUGAACGGUCUCUAUUCCACACCAUCACUCCACUCUCUGCCGCUGAAUAACGAAGAGUUGCUCAUGUACUCCUAGACAACAUAACAACCCCAAAACAACAAAAAAACAACAACAAAAAAACCCAACAACAAACAACAAACAAACAAACAGACAAACAACAACAACAACAACAACAACAAAACCCAACAAGAAAACCCCAACAAAAC